UAUGAAUAACAAUUACAAGAGCAAUAUUAAGAUUAUUAACAAUUCUUCCCAACCAUGGGUAGAAAUCAAACAAAAAAUGAGAUAUCAGCACGCCAGAGCUGAUAAAUGUCCGAUCUUGGAACCGAACCAAGAGGCAGAAUUAUUAUUUAUCCCCCAACUCGGAAUGUGUGAUGCACCUAUGGGGGUUGGAGCCGACCAGUGGUUCCAGACAAAAGAUGGAUCGCAAAGUUUUUACCUUUCCUGGUAUAUCCCUCCUCUUAAUUGCAAGCCAAAAAUCAAGGUUGUGUAUGAGCAUAAUAUUAAGGUUGAUGCCUCUUUCAACAACAAAAGCUUGACGAUUAAAAUUUAUUCUGAAAAUAACCAGAAAAUUCCAGAGAUUCAUGAAGCGAAGGUUCACCGUAAAAUGAGUGAAGAAUUGAGCAACUUGAUUCCCAUGAAAAUCGAAAGCUCUUCAGUUUCUAAAGCAUCAUUUGCUACAAGAUUUGACCUCUUUUCUAACACAACUGAUGCAGACUCUGAAGAUCUUAGCCACUCAGGAGACUUAUUGGCCAGUGCAAAAACAGAUGAAUCAAUUCAUCUACCAGUUGUACUUUCUAGGUCAAGGAAUAAGUCAGAUCUGGGUGAACUCCCUCAGAAGUUCCUCAAAAGAUCUUUCUCCCAGAAGAAACAAGAGUAUAUUCCCUUGAACCUAUUAUCAGAACCUACAUAAAGCCCACAAUCUCUCACACCCAACCCACCGGUCAAACAGCUCAUCACUGAUUGACCAACU